CAGUAGAAACACUCAAUUUUGAUAGUUAUAUGUAUAAAUUAACUCUAUAAUUUUAAAAAUUGUCAACAAUAUAUUAUGCAAUAUAUUAUAGGAAAAAAUGUUUCUAAAAGGCCAACAUUUUGGCCAUCUGCAAAUAAAAGGCCAAUGUUUCAUUUAUUCUUUAAAAAUCCAACCUUUUGCUCAAUUUUGCAAAGAAAGAGCUAUUUUACUAGUCACCGGUAAAAUCAUUAAAUUCCUAUACCAACCAAGUCAUAGCUGUCAGUUAGACUUUAUUUCAAAAAAUAAAGGUUACUAUCUUCUUCUUCACACAUGGAAUUACCUUCUUUAACCAAAAAUAAUCUAACCUUCAGCAUUCUUGUGAUGGAGGUUCAAGCAAAAUUUUAAGGCAACUUCCCUUUCUUCGGCAUUGCAAAGGAGAUUUCGAGAAAAACAUCACAACACAAAAUUUUCCAGGCAUUUGCUUCCCAUUCUUCAUUCGAAAAAAUCAGUGCUCUAACUUCUUGAAUUCGCUCCCUUCUUCCUUGCGACAUCUUCUUGCAGAAACAUCUAAGCUUUAGAGGUAUGUAGUAUUACUCAAUUAAGGUUUUGUUCUUCAUUGUUGUAUUUUAUUUUGUCUUUAAAAUUGAAUUCGUUUUACAAAUCUGCUUCCUUUGGCUGCGGUUUUUCCUAUUCAAUUUCCUGUUUUUAUCUUGUAAUUUGUUAAUUGAUUGUUGUUGUGUGCGAAUAAUGUAUUAGGGUUCCUAAAAUUAGAUAAAUCAAUAAGAUGAAGAAAUUGAAAAUCUGGAAAAAAGCAAGUAGUUCGAAAAUGCAGCAUUCUGAGUUGGCAACUGAGUUGGGCAAUGUUAGGGUAAAUGAGGUGGAGCUCGAAAGAUCUCAUGUGGCACAUGAGGUUGUGCAUGAGUUGGAAAGAGCAAAUGUAGAUGUUGAUGUUGGGCAAAUGGGACCACCAAACACAUAUACGGGUUAUAAAGAAUGUGUAAGUGCUAACCCUAGAUUUAAAACAAAUAACUCAGCUGCUAUUUCUACCCUAAACCUUACACCAAUUGAGAGAGGCCACAUACAGCAAGAAACUUUCUGAUUUUGAGGAUAGCAGUGAUGAUGAUUACAGUUGUGGUGAUGAGGAUGAAUAUGAGGAUGAUUCUGAUUUGUUUGCAGAAAAUGUAGUUUAUGGUCUCGAUGAUGUGUUUAUAGGUGAUGAUGAAAUUGAUUGUUAGUAGAUAAGGAGGUUGAUGAGGAAAACAAUAGAGACAUAUACUUUAAUGAUGAUGAACUGGAGUCUGAUGAUGAUGAUUUGGGUGCAUUGAAUGUUGAUGAGGAAGGUAUAGGCAGCUAUCCUACAUUCAAUCCUGAGGUUGAUUUUAAGGGUAAGAUCAAUUUGUCUUUAGGCCUUAAGUUUCCUUCUACAUAUGUCUUUAGAAAAGCAUUAAGGUACCAUGCUAUUGAAUGUGGUUACAAUUAUUAUUAUCCGCAUAAUGGUAGAAGUAGGAUAAGUGUGUAUUGCUACAAUAGAUGCGAUUGCGUGAAAUCGAAAGCUAGAAUUGUGAACUGUGUUUGUGGGAAAGAUAAGAAGUGUUACUUUAAGGUUCAUGUUGUAAAGUUGAAAGAUGAGGAGACACUUCAAAUAAGGAGUUAUUUUCCCGAGCACACUUGUGGUCACCAACACCAAAAUAACAAAGUCACUGCUUUGUAUUUAGCUGAGAAAUACAUACAGGAUUGGAGGGAAAAUCCAAAUUGGGAAUUAAAGGCAUUUAGGAAACGGGUAAACAGGGAGUUAGGUUGUGAAGUGAAGUACUCUAAGUGUUACAUGGCUAAAAGAAUUGCUAAGAAAAUGAUAGUUGGUGAUGAUAGUGAAGAGUAUAGCAGGGUGUGGGAUUAUGCGGAAGCAAUAAGGAGGUUUAACCCAGGAAGCACUGCAAUCGUGAAAUGCAUCGGAAUAGACACACCUCCACCCUUGUUUCAAAGGAUGUAUAUAUGUUUGCCAGCAUGUAAGGAGGGUUUUGUUGCUGGCUGUAGGCCUAUUAUAGGUGUGGAUGGGGCACAUUUGAAGGGACCUUUCCCUGGGGUGUUGCUGACUGCUGUAGGUAAGGAUGGGAACAAUAACAUCUUCCCUGUUGCAUGGGCUGUGGUCGAAACUAAAAACGUAGAAACUUGGACUUGGUUUCUAAAUCUCCUCGUAGAAGACCUAAAGUCGGUUAGUCCAUCAAGUAGUUGUGUAGAAGCAGGAUGUGAAGAUUUUACCUUCAUGAGCGAUAGGCAAAAGGGUUUGAUUGAAGCUUUGAACUCAGUGAUUCCUGAAGCUGAAAUUAGGUUCUGCUGUAGGCAUAUUUGGGCUAACUUCAAGAUCAAGUUUCCUGGAGAGUUGUACAAACAUCACUUUUGAAAAGCAACAAGAGCUUAC